AUGCUGCAGGUGUUGGUCAACAGGUGCUUGGCCGAUUGCGACCCGGCGAGAAAGCGACGCCUGCUCGCUGAGUGGUUCGUUACUUAUGCUCGGGCCCGGGCCGUUCACCUCGGCCGGGUGACAGCUGACGCCGACGAUCGGAGCCACGCUGUUUCAGAGUCGUCGCGUUACGACACUGCCGGCAGGCGGUCCGUUGCCCAACGCAGCAACAGCGUCAUCGGCGACUUCGGGCUGUGUGGCGUUGCUGGAGCCCCGGAGCGAAGGGUCAGGGGUUCGAAUCCCAGGGGCCCCGCCGCCACCAGGAGGGGCGGCAGCCGGCGUAACCGCCCCACGGACGGACCGUCCUCCGCCGCCGAGAGACUCCACAGCACGAGCAGCGCCUGCGGCAGCCACAGCAGCGCCGUCGCCGUCACCAGCCACAGCGAAGCCUGCGCACGUCGGUUCGAACAUUGGCCACCUCCUCCUUCGACGCCUGCGCACGUCGGUCCAACAUUGGCCACCUACUCCUUGGACGCCUGCGCACGUCGAUACAACAUUGACCACCUCCAUCCUUCGACGCCUGCGCACGUCGGUUCGAACAUUCGCCACCUCCUCCUUCGACGCCUGCGCACGUCGGUCCAACAUUGGCCACCUCCAUCCUUCGACGCCUGCGAACCUCGGUCCAACAUUGGCCCACCUGCUCCUCCUUCGACGCCUGCGCACGUCGGUCCAACAUUGACCACCUCCAUCCUUCGACGCCUGCGCACGUCGGUUCGAACAUUGGCCACCUCCUUCGACGCCUGCGCACGUCGGUUCGAACAUUGGCCACCUCCUCCUUCGACGCCUGCGCACGUCGGUCCAACAUUGGCCACCUCCAUCCUUGGACGCCUGCGCACGUCGGUUCGACAUUGGCCACCUACUCCCUUCGACGCCGGCGAACGUCGGUCCAGCAUUGGCCACCACCUCCUUCGACGCCUGCGCACGUUGGUCCAACAUUGGCCACCUACUCCUUCGCCAAGCACGCGAGAGGGAAUCUCUGCAGGGUUGCUGGGCCGCGAAAUACGCGCACCCGUGGUUCAGUCACACCGCUGGGCGGUCUAAACAUACGUGUUCAUGCAAUAGGCGGAUGAUAAGAGGAAAUAUAUUAUAAAAUUCCUUAAAAACUUGUUUUGUCGUAAUAAUCAAGCCAUUCGAACCCAAAUUUCAACAGUUACUUUUAGUUCCACAAUAGCGUUCACGUUAUAAAGGUGCCUGUACCCCUUAUCACCCCCCGAAUGUCACACCAUGAACUUUCAACUUAAUUUUUACGGAAAAAACAGUGGUUAAAAACUUAUAGGAUUCUAAAUAAAUUAACGGAUAUCUUUAUGAAUUUGGGGACACUAUUUUGCUCAUACCUUGAUCAUGAAAUCGUUAAGUAGAACUAUGUACGUUUAAUUUCGCGGAUCUAUUUUCCCCACCAGGGUGUCUACAUGACUGUCCGAUCCAGCUGAUGAAGACAACGUCGCGUGUUUUUUUUUUUGACGUGACAACGUCUAAUAAAUCGAUGAACGCCGGCUGCACGCACGAAAAAGAGUCUGUAACGCACAUUGUCCCGUUACGCUCAUUGUACGCUUGCGCCGCACCUGUCUCUCUUCCACUCGAAUGGAACAACCAUCGAUUUUAAUUUUUCGAGGCACAUUAAACUUGAAACACUCCCAUUCGUUUCCUACUUUUCCUAUCAUCGUCCUAUCCUUAACAGAAUAACACAGAUUGGAAGAAGUUAAAUAGCAAACAUGUAUAAUCUGCUCGUUGAAGUAAUAAACAUAUUUGAAUUAAUGAGUGCAAAUAAAAA